AGAAAAGACGCUUGCGUUGUAUCAGCGCAUGUUAGUCACCGAAUCAAAAAACACUGUUUUACAUUCUUUUUUCAUUCCUUUGGGAGGCUUAUUUUAAACUAAUGGAAGAUCUCGGGUCAUCAGAGAAUGUGAAAGAUCCAGGCCUCCCUCUGUCGUGUCUUCGCCUCCUGGUGCCUCCUCUGCAGCUCCUGUCCGCCGCCAUGUGGCAGCUAGCGAAGCAGAAAGAUGUGAUGAACUACGAGACGCUUCAGGAGUUUGUGUUCGUGGUGACUGAGGCGGUCCCUGGUCUGAUCAACCACAGACAGAGAGCUCAGCUCAUCCUCGGCCUCAGAGCAAGGUUGAUUUUGGAGCUCUGCAAAGGAUCAGCACGGGGCUCUGUGGAUUGUCAGCUGAUCCAGAGCUACUUGGCGAGACUCCCCAUAACGUCUUCAAACACAGAUUACAGGGAUUCAGAUGUGAAAACCACAGAGUCUACGUUCAUCGCACUUGUUCAGAGUCUGUUGAAAGACCCAAUCGAGAGAGCCUAUUUCUUUACGGAGGUUUUCCCGGUCGAAUAUGGUCCGCAGUACGACGCAGCGCUGCACGUGUUAUUAUGGGAGCUGCUGUCUAAGCUGGAAAAGCUGCUCCCGGUCCCCAACCUCAAACAGACUGCAGCCUGGCUCGGCUCGACUCCUCGCGCUUGGGAGGAAUGUGUGAAGUCUUCGGCCGGGGACCUCAGUUCAGUGUUGGAGCACUACAGAAGUUCAGGACUGCUGAAAAUGACGUACGGUCCUUCUUCCACCAUUGGUAGCUGCAUCAUGUCCGCUCUGUCCAUCCCUCCUUCGCAGAAGACAAACGUGUCGGUCACGCCGGAGUCCAUCCACAACUACGCCAACAUCCUGAACCCCGUGUCUUUGCCCGGAGCGGACCAGUACAGCGUCGUGGCCAUCUACACCGAGGUGGAAGUCCGAGCGUCCCAGGAGGAGGAAGAGGAAGUGAUCGAGUCGGCUGAAGUUCAAGUCCAAACGGACUUCUAUGAGGAGGAGAUAGAGGCUGUGAUGGAGGCCGCCGACGCCAGGUCUGAGGAGAGCGGCGAGGCCGCGGGAGUCGCCAAAGCUUUGGAGACUCUGACCAAAACGUUUGCACUGAGGAAGGAGAGUCUGGGUCCAGAAACGGCAUCAAGGAGGAGCAACGACUCAUAUCUUCAUCACGAGCUGGAAUCAGGAGACGGACCUCAUGAAAUAAACACGCACAAAGAGCACGAGUCAAGCCAUCAGAGGGAAGCAAACGGAGAAAACGACGACGGGAAGCAGCCUGAAGGCUCAGAGAGCAACAGCAGCUCCUUCGCUCUGCUGAAGGACAGCAGGCAAUCGCCGCCCCAACAUUUCUCCAGCGAGCCGCCCGAAACACAAGAGUCGGACUCCUCGGCUGCCGCGCGCCGAUCGACUCGUCUACAAACGAAGCCGCCGCUGAGUUGGCAGGAGACGUGCAAACUCAAGAAGAUGACGAGAGAAAUCAGCGGAGAGCCCAAAAUGAGCAGCGCCGACCUGUCAGCUGCCCCGUCUGUGAUCGCUAUCAAAGGAAUUGAUAAAGGUGAUUCGGAAGACAUGACGUCCAUCAUCUUCAGCUGCUCCCAGUGUCCCUUCCACGUAUCAGACCCAACCAGCCCCGCCCACUUCCACAUGCAGAGCAUUCGCACUGAGGUGUACAAGACCUUCUCCGGGGCCUCGUUCACGCCGUCGCCCUCCAGCACCGACGAGAUCUUCACCUCCAUCAAGCUGUUCCCCAAAGGAGCCACGGAGCAGAGCGAAGCCGAUCCUGCCCACCAUCAAAGCAAAGCCCCGCCGCCGCCAUCAGGCGGCAGACAGAAGGCCCUGACGUGCGAGACGUGCGGGAAGACGUUCACCCGGACGUCGGACGUGAGGAGGCACCAGCUCAUCCACACCGGCGAGCGGCCGUUCCACUGCUCGCGGUGCGAGCGCACCUUCCAGCACUCGUGGGACCUGGCGAAGCACGAGAGCAAGCACCACGGCGUGGCCAUCUCCUUCUCCUGCCAGCUGUGCCGCAGCUCCUUCGCCAACCUGCGGGCGCUCACCGUGCACCACAGGAAGUGCCACUCCCAGGAGAGCCAGCUGCCGCAGAUCUGCUCCAUCUGCAGCCAGAGCUUCGCCUCGGCCGCCGAGCUGCUGGAGCACAGGAAGUCCCACGCCAGCGCCAGGCGCUACGUCUGCCAGCAGUGCGGCGAGGACUUCGACUCCCUGCUGGCCCGCUCGCAGCACCGGCAGACCCACCAGGUCAAGCGCCAGUUCAAGUGUCCGCACUGCGAGAAGACGUACACCCGCCGGUCGGACGUGAAGCGCCACCUGUCCACGCACACCGGCGAGCGGCCGCACCAGUGCCCGCAGUGCGGCCGCAGGUUCUCGCUGCGCUUCAUGCUCAUGAAGCACCUGCGGGUCCACACGGGCGAGCGUCCGUUCCAGUGCUCCCACUGCCCCAAGAGCUUCACGCUGGUGUCCGUGCUGGCGCGCCACGAGCGCAUGCACACCGGGGAGAAGCCCUUCCUCUGCUCGCAGUGCGGGAAGGGCUUCCUGUCGCAGGGCGAACUGCAGAAGCACCACAGGUCGCACGUGGACGACAAGCCCUUCUCCUGCCCGCAGUGCGACAAGCGCUUCAAGAGCAAGAAGUCGCAGCGGGAGCACAUCGCGUCGCACAGCGGCGCCCGCCCGUACCCCUGCAACUACUGCGGGAAGUGCUUCACCAAACCGUACGCGCUGACCCGGCACAACCUCAUCCACACAGGAGAGCGUCCGUUCCCCUGCGGACACUGCGAGAAGUCCUUCCUCACCCUCGGCGAGGCUCAGCUGCACCAGAGGAUCCACACCGGCGAGCGGCCGUACGCCUGCGACGCCUGCCAGCUCAAGUUCAAGAGCUCGUCGGAGCUGGCGCGGCACAGGCACAGCCACGCCGGCGUCAAGCGGGCCAAGCCGCACUGCGAGCGCUGCAUGAUGGCGUUCCCGUCCAAAGCCAAGCUGAAGAAACACAUGGAGGCGCACAGGGAGGCCGAAGGAGAAACAGAUACUUAAAAUAAUGAGGAACCGUGUUUUCUGCAGCUCAGGAGGGAAUCCUGUGCAACUUUUGAGUCAAUUACUCAACAAAUCAUGUUCUAAAGUUGGUAAAUUAUUUUUGAUUUAUCAUGUUUUAAACUCACAGGUUUACUCUUCAUGAAUUUGUGACACUGAAAUAAUGUCAAAAUGAAUUUAAUGGAAAUCAAACUGUUUAUUAAAUACGG